AGCCGGGAAACGCACAGAGCAUAAAGAGUUUUUUUAAACCCUCACCCUCGCAAAGCUGCCAUGAACUAUUGCUGAAUAGCCUCCUUGCGCUCCGUGUCUUGGAGUAAGGAAAGGGAACUUCCUCUUUAAAGCUACGUAUUCGAAGCUCAGUAAUGAGGAUUUCUAACUGGGCGGAGUUUGCGUUUGAGCAAGCUAGAUAAAGGCUUGCAGGACUUGCAGAGGUCUCAGACCGCAAGCAGCAUCAACGAGACUUCAAGCAGCAUGAACUGCAGCGUACCCAGCAGAGUCCUGCUCAGCUACCGAAUGGAUGGACAGCAGGACAGGUUGUGCCUUCAGUUCCUUUGGGACUUUGUUACAGCAAAGGAGCCAUUGAUUAAGUCACCUUAUUUUCCAGUGCUGUUUUCUUUUAUAGCAUACAUGGCUUUCUGUCUUCCUUACGUUGCACUGGACUUUUUAAGCACCAGACUACCAAACUUGAGAAAAUACAAAAUCCAGCCACAGAGCUAUCCAACUCUCGGAAUGAUGGUGCCUUGCGUUAUUCAAAGUGUCUAUCAUCAUGUUGUUUUCAUUUUUCCAGUGACAUUUUUCCACUGGUACUGGAGACCAGUGAACCUGCCUGUGAUGGCUCCAGAGCUGCCUGAGGUCCUGCUGGAAGUGGUAGUUUGCCUGCUUCUGUUUGAUUUUGAGUAUUUCCUUUGGCAUUUGCUUCAUCACAGGGUGCCUUGGCUCUAUAAGACCUUUCACAAGGUGCAUCACAAGCAUGUAUCAACAUUUGCUCUUACUACACAGUACUCCAGUGUAUGGGAAUUGCUUUCACUGGGAUUUUUUGCUGCCAUCAAUCCAGUGCUCCUCAGAUGUCAUCCUUUGACAGAAAUGAUUUUCUUCCUUGUAAACAUUUGGUUGUCAGUGGAGGACCAUUCAGGAUAUGACCUUCCAUGGUCAACUCACCGACUUGUGCCUUUUGGUUUGUAUGGAGGAGCUCCACAUCAUGAUCUCCAUCAUCUGAAAUUCAAAUCAAACUAUGCUCCUUACUUCACCCACUGGGACAGACUCUUUGGGACAUUCACAGAGUCACAUUCUCAUUAAGGAUAUUUGCCUGUGGAUGAACUCAUUUUUUUGAUAAACUAAACUAGGAUGUUACUUUUUCAGAGACAUACGUAAGAUUGUGUAUUUGAAGCUACCUAUGAAAGCCAUGGCUAUUUAUAACAAAACCUGUUAAUGUAUGUGUGUCUAUAUGUAUACUUGGAUCUGCAUAUGUUGCAUGACUGCAAAUGGGACAGUAAAUACCUGUUGCUUAAAUUUGUUUGAGUCAAAGGUAUAAGGGAAGCAUUAAGAGAUAUUCUCUCUUCUUUCCUUCUUUUCAGCUUUCAUAAAGCAUAUAUUGUAUUACUGUAUGAUGUUCUAUACGUGCACAGGAAAAAUUAUUUUACAGGAAAAAUUAUCUUAUUGUUGUAGGAUGAUUUGUGAUGUAACCAGAACAGGUACACGUCAUGGAUUUUGUGCAGUUUAAUCUGCCAGAGCGUAUUAUUGCACACUGAUGUUAAAAAAAUGCUCCAAAGCUAGUUAGUUGACAGUGCAAUAAUUUUGAUAUUUAUAUUUUAAAUCUUGAUGUAUUAUUUUAAUAGGAAAUAAAUGUGGUCACUGCUUUAAACUUA